AACGUUCUCAUUAUAUCAACGAUAGAAGUAAUUGUAAAAAACAAGAAGCUAAUGAUUUUGAAGACUUUGUUAAUCCGAAAUGCUCUGGUAGAUUAAAGCAACCUACUAAUAAUAAGAAUUAUAAAGAGAAUCUACAUGAAAUGAAGUUCUGUGAGAAUCAAGAUUUUCCCGAUAAACCAAACGGACAUGGAUGUCCUGCAUAUACCUCUGAUAGAGGGUGCACUGAAAGAAAAUCAAAAACAAAUAAAAACAAAUCAAUAGAUCAAGACUUAUGCUCUGCAGAUUGUCCUAAUCGGCGUAGAGUUCUAUUCACCGAUCUUCUUCGAUUCAAAAGGAAACAAUCCAAUCCAAGUCGGCAAAGCAGUGGAAAAUCAGAUGUAUAUUUUGAUAAUAGUUUCGUAUCAAGUGCCUGCAAUAAAUGUAAGCAAUAUGUACCUCUUGAAAGCGAUCGUCUGGCGAUCAAGAAAUAUUGUGAUCCCUGUAACACCAAAGGAAAAAGAAAGACCGGAUCUGUAGAAAGCAUAGUACUAUGUAUUAGGCCUGGUACUCAAGCUCCUAUUUUUGUUAAAAAUAGGGAUAAUCCCCUUUUGACGAACCCGGUUUUCAAUAGCUACGAAAAACAUAUUUUGGAAAACUUUCACAAACUCCAAGGAGAGAAAUAUAAGCUUCGGAAAUGUUCCGAAGGUUGCCCUUUUAUUGUUAAUAUCAACGAAAAGAACGCUUCAAAGAAACGCUCGUCCGGCUCUAGAGACAAAAUUAAUAUACCGUGUUAUUGUCAAAGUGAUGAACUUAUAGAACAUGAAUAUUCAAAAAAAAUUAAGUCUAAAAUUUCAUUCUUAAAUAGUGAAAAAUUGCCGAAAGAAGAAAAUAAAUCAAAAACAAAUUUGGCGCCACCUCCACAACAGGAAGAAUCCAAGCCUAAGAGAGAUAAUAAAUCGAAUGGAUUUAGCUGUUUUAAACAAAAAGAAAAAUACUUUCAAGAAACGUCGAAGCCAAGAGAAAAACCGCCAUCAAAAUCGACUGAAAAGAAAAUCUUUGAAAAACCCACACCUAAAGAGAAAACCCCACCAAAAUCUAGUGGAUUCCUAUGCUUCAAGCAAAAAGAAAAAAGUCUCAAGGAGAAGGCCAAACAAAAAAAGCAAACACAUUCAUCAAAAUCUAGUGGAUUUCUGUGUUUUAAAAAAACCGAAAAGCCUCCUCAGGAAAACCAACCCAAAAUACAGAAUAAAUUACAAAAUGAGAUUAUGGAAAAACCUUUAGGUACAGGUGUUCAAUACAGAAAAGAAUCUGCUAAGAAAAGUAAUGAAAAAAUUCAAGUAAAAGACACAAGUAAGAAAUCCUCGUCGCGUAGCGUGUUUAUCAGUUGGUGCACUAAGUCCCAAACUCCGAAGAAGUCUAGUCGAAAAGAAGAGAAAGCUUCCUCUGAUAUAGAUUGCACCUGUAGUGAAGAUCCCGAACCCGAAGAUAUACCCAUGCCUAGAUCUGAAGUUCCCUUCCGCUGUCCAUGUGCUCCCGAAAAUAUCGAUGACGACGAGGUCAAAGUCCUUUAUGACUCUAGUUUCCGUUUCCAAAAAGAAAGUUGCAGCUGUGCCGAAGUUCCAAAAACUAUAUACUGCCAUAAUAGUCCACAACAACCUGAGCCAGAUACUUCAGAUUGGUAUGAAUCAUCCCGUGCAACUUCAACAGUCUCUUCACGCCAACAGUUUGAGGAUCAGGAUAUCAAAUACUGUCCAUGUGCCAGUGCCAAUGGAUUCUAUAAAAUUUUAAGGUAAAUAUGAUUGGGAUUUUCCUCGAAAAUACCUACAUUUUUGCACAAGCUCCCAAUCAUAAUUACCCAAAUUAGGCCAUUUAAGUUAAUGCUAAACUUACCU